CACCUCCAUCAUAUAUCAUAUAUAUAAAGUGAAGAAGGAGAUGAGAAGGGAGCAGACUCACUCACUGUUUCACUACCUUGCUAUUUGCAGGUAAAAACGGCCAUUUGCCGAAUCGUCAUACUAUAAUUUCACUGUCGAAAUUUUCCUCUAGCAAUUAGUUGCAAGUUUUUCUAUAAAGAUAGAAACUCAACCAUUCAUCAUGCAGAAUACUGGAACUACCGUCGGCACGGUGCUGUAUGAGACCAUGGCUGGAAAGCUGAACCCUAAGCUUCUCCAAGCUCUCAAGGUCCUGGGUUUCACCCAUAUGACGCCCGUUCAGCAACGGGUGCUAACUGAACUGCCAGAUUGGCGCAGUGACUGCCUCGUCCAGGCUAAGACUGGUACCGGCAAAACGCUGGCCUUCCUGCUACCUACAUUGCACUGUCUUCUUGAUCCCUCUAUGGCACCGCCUAGAGGGCAGGUCGCCACCUUGAUCGUUACCCCUACGCGUGAACUGGCCCAGCAGAUUGCCAAGUCAUGUGAUCAACUGACAUCGCAAAUGGCAGUACCUCUGAAAUGCGACAUUGCUGUUGGUGGAACCGCUCGGGCUUCUGCAUUUUCGCGCUUCAUGAAAGAGGCUCCCUCUGUUCUUGUAGCAACUCCAGGACGGUUGAAAGAUUACCUGUCCGAGCCCGAGGCGGCCAUCAAGCUGUCUAACAUCCGGACCUUGAUUCUGGACGAGGCUGAUACGAUGCUCGAGAGUGGCUUCCUAGCUGAUGUGAAGCACAUUAUCCGACACAUUCCCCCCAAAAGCGCUGGAUGGCAGGGAAUGUGCUUCUCUGCCACUCUUCCUCCCAAAGUCAGGGAUGUGGUCAGUGUUGUGCUCAAGCCAGGCUACAGUAGCAUUUCUACUAUUGAUGAAAACGAAACCCCAACGCAUGAGAGAGUUCCCCAGUAUCAUGUGCUGAUGCCGUCUGUGGCAGAUUCUUUUACCACUCUUGCCUCCCUUCUUCAGUUGGAAACGAAGACCAGUUCGAAAAUCAUCGUUUUUGGCGUCACGGCAAACAUGGUCAGUCUCUUCGCAGCUGCCUUUUCUCGGGGCUUGACGAAGUUGAGUGUGUUUGAGAUUCACUCCCGACUCAGUCAGAGCGCUCGCACCAAGACUACCGCUCAAUUCAAGGAAGCGGCUGCCGGAAUCCUCUUCGCGUCCGAUGUCAUUGGUCGGGGCAUGGAUUUCCCCAACGUCGACUUGGUCAUCCAGGUUGGCUUGCCGACCAACGGCGAACAGUACGUUCACCGUGUUGGCCGUACAGCCCGUGCUGGCAAUGAUGGUCGCGCCAUCAUCCUCCUUACCGAAGCGGAGACCUUCUUCCUGAGGAACAAUCGCCACUUGCCCAUCCAGCCCCAUCCCCAGACCGACGCCAUCAUCGAGGGAGCUGCCUCGUAUGCAGAGACCGUCGCGGAGGCUAUGUACACGAUUGACGAAGAGAAGAAGCAACGCGCCUACUCAUCUUUCAUCGGUUUCUUUGCUGGUUCAGGUCUCCUGAAGCAGCUUCGUCUCGACAAACCGGGUCUUGUUCAGAUGGCCAACGAGAUGGCUAUCCAAGGCAUGGCAUGCCCUGAACCCCCUGUCAUCGACAAAAAGAUCGUUGGCAAGAUGGGGUUGAAGGGUAUUCCCGGAUUCAACUAUGGACACGGAGGUGACUCGGUUCGAGGCUCGUCUUUUGCGCCGCGUGGUCGUCCUGGUGGCAAACGCGAUGCCAGUAUUGGCGGGCCAGGCGAUGGCAGUGGUUUUGAGAAGAGGCAGAAGAGGGGCCAGAGAUCAGUAUAA